AUGUCUUCACUCUUUCAGCCAAGACCAGUGCUGUCGUCACAGCGUUACUCACAGUCACCGGACUAUGUCGAUACGAGACGUAGUCUCCAUAAUGGCAGACCGCCUCUUCGAGAGUCCACUGGCAAUGCUCAAUCCCACAGCUUCAAUGGUCUAGUCUCUUGUUAUCAGAACCAAGUGGCCCUGGGACCAUCCAUGCAUGCUCCCAUGGUUCCUUCACAAUCACUCGACUGCCUUUACAGAGUCCCGACUCCUCGUCAGCAGGCUCGUUAUCAGAGAAGGCCCAAGACUUCUGUCAAUCCUCUCUACUUCUGGCCGGCUUUCCGUCAGUAUCGUAACAGACAAGCUCACAAGGACACCCAAAAGGACAAGGGCGGCGUCUGGCGUCGGCCGGAGCUCGAGGAUGCCUUUGUCGACUCUGUACUGCUCAUGCCUCACAUGGGCCGCCGCAAGUUCUCCAUGGGAGGGAAACUCCACGGCCGCAACAUGCUCAUCAGCGAGUACAUCUUUGUGAUUUGCGUUGCUCUCUUGGGGAGCAAGGAGAUUUUCCGCAUCGACAAUAGCAACGAAAGCAUCGAACAGAUGGGACGCAAGCAAGUGUCUAGCCACAUGCAAGUGGUCAAGAAGUUUUUUGAAGACCUUCGUUGCUUCCACUUUUUGUUCCCGUCAGAGGAGAAGAAGGAGCCGGGCUCAACGAAUUCCGACGACUACUAUGACGAGGAAGAGCAAGAGUCAUUCAAGUCGAACCCCGUGCUCACAGCCCUGGCUGAGGGUCGAGUUCCCGACGUCAAGCCCAACUAUGAGUACUUCUCCCAGCUCCUGGCCCUGCAGUCAUCCAUCUGCACACGGCCCAAGACGUGUGAAAUCUUUGUGUCGUCUUCUGAUAUCAAGAUUCGGGACGACGUCGCCUAUGAUGCACAUGACGCCCCGUUGGACCAGGCGUCCUUCCCUCACCUGAACAAGUACACCAACUGUGACGACAGCCCCAACGUCCUGGGCAAGGAUGUCCUCUUGCACGAGUACACCCGAUCUCUUGACCGGACCACGUCGGCCUGCGCCAAGUCUGUCACCCGCCGGUGGCAAAAGGAUGCUCCCGCCAUGUACGAGACACUUGAGCUUCCGUCCAGAGACGAGGAGUGCCUGUUGCUGGAGAUGUGCGCGACGCUGGAACUGCACGAGCACGCCAAGUUCCCCUCUGGAUCGGAGCUCACGGGGUUUGUCGAGGUCGCCAUCACGCAGCCAGCUCUGCAGAACCAUCGGUGGAAGUGCAUCACACGCCUUACGAGGCCCGCCGAGCUCCACAGCGACGAGGGCAAGCAUGGCGUCUACACCAACGACAGCGGAAUCCACCGCCGUGGGUGUAGCGAUUCCAAGGUGGACUGCGAGUGCCACACCCGCCCUCGUCAGGAUAUUCACGUUCCUUUCCCUGCGGUGGAGUGGGCCAGCAUUCUCAGCAUGGCGGUGCAGUAUCCCGACGUCGAGCACCAGCGCCUCAAGGAGAAGCGCCGCAAGUAUGCGGACGGCGAGGGCAACAAGGACCUCGAGCGAUCCGGCAGCAAGCGCAAGCGCGCCGAGGACGAAGGCGAUGCUGCCUCGUGGGCCCGCCGAGAGCUGACUGGCAGCGACUUGAUUUGCAAGGUGGCCAUGUACCAGGAGCUCUGGUCUUGCGCGCCCGACUCUACGCAGUGGACUCGCCAGGCCGUCAUCUUUUGGAGGUUCAACACGACCAACCAGUGGCACAAGUACCAUCCCGUCUUCAAGCCCGCCGGAACCACCUGGCGGUGGUUGACCAUCAACGACCCCAUGUCCCGAUACCAUCAGCAGAAGGCGCUCGUCUACCCGACGGCAAACGUCUCCAGAGAGGCUCUGAUGUCGCCGACGCCAACCAUCAACCAGCACUUGACGGCGGCCAUGAACGAGACCUUCAGCACGUGGGACCACGGCAGCAACGCAUCUCACGUGCCGCACGUUCCGCCGCUGCAAACUCCCAACAACAGCAGCAGCAGCAACAACAACAGCAUUGGGCUUUUCGACUCCUUCUCCAACGGGCUUGCCACGCCGCCACCGACGGCUACACUGCCGCCGGCCUACUCGACUGGAAACUUUGACAGCCGGAGCGGGAGUUUUGACACCCGCAGUGCCAGCUUCGACACCAGAAGUGGUUCGUUUGAUGGCAACAUGGCACCAAACAAUGGAGUAGCAUUCCUCCCCCCGACUGGCGGUCCGCCUCAACAACACGACCGUCAGGCGACGACGACGCUCGGCAACAACAGCAACAGCCACCAGUCCUUCUUCGACGGGCAGCAGUCCUUCUCCGAGGUGAAGCCCAUCAGCUCAGCCGUCAACUCAUACAUGGCGGCCACCACGUCGCUCGAACUACCGAACCAAGUCGUCUACGACAACGCCGGCGUCGACACCGGCAACAUGCAAGGAUGGGACAUGUCUGCCCUGGACGGCUGGUCCGCAGCUUCGGCGCCAGCAAGCGCCACGGCAGAAUGGGGACCAAAUACCAAGGUUGAAUCCCAUGCGGGAGAUCACCACGGUGCCAUGUGGGCUCCUCCACAGUGGCCCCUGUCCGCAGGAACGGCACCCAGCUCCCACGAGCGAGGUGGCAGCCCUCGACCGGCCAAGAGACGGAGGGAGACGAUGGACGUUCAUGUGCCAGUCACUGCUGGAUGGUGA